AUGCAUUACACGAAGCUCGCCAUCUUGGCCUUUAUGGCUCUCGCUGCUGCCAGGCCUCCUCCUCCUCCUUCAGAGAGCAACAACAGCGGUGACACGACUACCACCAUCACCCAAUGCUCCAAUGAGCAAGCUACCAUGUGCUGCGACCAGUCAGGCAAGAAUUGCGAAGUCUCAAGUGAGCGAUUUGAAUUCUUUGAGUCUAAAGUCCUGACUAACAAUGUGCCAGCCUCUUGCAACAACAACGCCUUGGUCGUUUGUGGCAACACUAUCUCCGUCCCUGUCACGGUAGAUGCCAGAGGCAUUGACUUUAAGGUCAAGAUGACACGACGAGCUCCUCCUCCUCCUCCUUCAGAGAGCAACGACAGCGGUGACACGACUACCACCGUCACCAAGUGCUCCAACGACCAGUCAACUGUGUGCUGCAACGAGUCAGGCAAGGAUUGUGAGAUCAAGGACUCAUGCAACAGCACCGCUCUUGUCUUGUGUGGUAACACUGUUAACAUUCCAAUCAAUAUUGGUUUGUAA